CUAUUUUACCCAAAAGUGGUUAUAUUGUAUUCUUUAAAUAGUCACUUUAUUCCGGUUUCAUCAGAAAUGGCUACAGAUGGCUACUUUCUAUAUAUAGACAGCGAUGCGUGUCCUAUAUCACAUAGUUCAAUCAAAGUCUUACUAGGGUGCUUCAUUAUCACUGGAGUGAUGGUGUCCUACUUUCCACAGAUUCACAAAAUUGCUUCAAGCAGGAGUAGUGCUGGAUUGUCUAUUUAUUUUCUAUUCCUUGGAGCUAUUGGGUGCUUUUCUACGAUUGGCAAUGUCAUUCUGCUUCAAUAUAAUUCAAUAGUUUGCUGUACGACGGAGUGGUCAUUGCAGUACUGUAUGGAAGAUACGCUUGGAAUAACGCAAGUCAGCGUGCAAUUGUGCGGCUUUUGUAUCAUUGUUGUAUUAUUUUAUUUAAACUAUCCAGUUGAACUGGCACUGCCACUAGUGACUUUUGGCGAGUUUGAAGGGUCAGAGAGCACUGGAUCCAGCGCAGCAUGGCGCCGCAUCAAAGGCAUUGGUGCCAUGAUCAUUGUGUAUGCGAUCUUUGUUGUCAUAUCGCUUGUAUCCAUUUUCCAGAUUCAAGAUCCACAGAUAUUUACACAGGUGCGGCUUUGGUGGGCUGGAAUUCUUGGAGUGACGGCUGCAUCUAGCGGUGUGGUGCAGUUUGUUCCUCAGAUCAUCCACACUUGGAAGGCAAAGUCUGGGGGUGCGUUGAGUGUAGCUAUGCUUGCCAUGCAAUGCCCAGGCUCGUUUGUAUUUGCAUUUUCUUUGGCGGUUCAGCCAGGUACAAACUGGACAACAUGGGUAUCGUUUCUAGUAGGGGGUACGCUCCAAGCAGUCUUACUUUUCAUGUGCCUUUAUUACAAUUCCAGGACAGCACACGUGUACACAGAAGUGUUGCACGAUGAAAACCCUGUUACAGCUACCGAUGACCAUAUUGAUCAAGAGCAGCGGUCACUUCUUGCUGGAUAUGUGGAAGAAGGUCUUAUUAUUCAUGCUGAUGAUGACACGACAGAUGUGGCCAACCUUUGAAAUAAAUAAUGUACACGACCUUUACAA